AUGGCAGAGGAAGCCAGGCAGCUAAGCGAUGCUGAGCGGUCCCAUGACUCCGCCUUAACCUCUUCAGGCCCCAGCAGCCAAGCACGCGAAGGUCAUUCAUCAUUCAGCCCAGACCACGAGAAAGGCAACAGCAGGGGCGCAAAGGCGGGCUUGGCGACCUUCGCAUCCAGGAGAAGGGGACUGAUCAUCAUCUUUGCUGGGUGCAUCGUCGUCAUCAUGGUCAUCCUGGCUCUGGUCCUUCCACUAGCUCUCAUCUUGCCUCACCGGCAGAGCGGGUCAGCCAAGGCCACCCCAACCGCCGCGGUCAGGGACGGCACAUUGAUAUCUGGCAGAUUGCUCGAUGGCUACGAGGUCUUUGGUGGUAUACGAUAUGCGGCUGCGCCUGUUGGCGAUCUUCGCUUUGCACCACCCCAACCGCCUCCCUCGCCGAUACAGGUGGCCUCGGUCAGCAUUCCCAAGUCCAAGUCCAAGUCAAAGUCGAAUUCACACAAGACCAAAGCUUCGGCUCACUCAUCAGCUGACCAAAUCAGUAAAGGCGGCAACACGGUCGCCGACGCCGGGGACGCCAUUUCAGCUGGGGCCGAUCGCAGAGAUGCACCACCUGAACCGAAUCUACGUACUGUGCAAGCCACCAAUACCGGCUUGGUCUGCCCACAGGAUGGGGACAUCAGUCGUCAGGACGAGGACUGCCUUUUCGCCCAGAUCAUACGUUCGCCAGGCGUGCUUCAGAACGCUUCCCUACCAGUCUUGCUCUUCUUCCACGGCGGAGGUGGACAAGCUGGAUCUGGGGCUUCGUAUAUCGGCAGCAUGAUCAAGAUGCUCGAUGCUGGCCGCAAAGCCGGUGGACCCGAUGUGAUGAUCGUCCUCGUCAACUAUCGCCUCGGCUCGCUUGCUUUCUUGGGAGGCACGGAAUUCGAUGAGCUGAGGCAGAGUCGAUCUGGCAAUGUCGGUCUGAACCUUGCUUUCCAAGACAUGCGUCAGGCCGCAAGGUGGACGCGCGACAACAUCGACCAAUUUGGAGGAGAUCCUGAUCAGAUCACCAUCUGGGGCCAGAGCGAAGGCGCAUUUGGCGUUGGCUCGCUGCUGACAGCCUAUCCGUCCUCGGUAGAAGAACCAAGGCCCUUCGCGGCUGCGAUAUUGCAGUCCGGCGGACCCGGUGGUCAGCCCAUGCUGCCUCAAAGCUAUAAAGACGAUCAGUUCAAUCGCGUCCUCUCCGACACCGAAUGCGGCAGUCUUGAUCUAGCGAAUGCUACCUUGGCUGAGCCUCCAAGGGCGUUUGACCCUGUUGCUGCCACUGCGCACCUGGAAUGUCUUCGAGCGCUUCCCUGGCAGAAGCUGAGAAUGGUCACCAAUGUCGAGGCAGACAGAGCUCUGAAGCCAGAAGGGUAUAUUCUCGGUUCCUACGCCUGGACACCCGCUAUCGAUGGCGGCCCAGAGGAAGGAGGGCUCUUCUCCGACAGGGCGAGCGAUUUGCUGUCGAGCCGGCUGUACGCCCGCGUGCCGAUGCUGUCCGGUGAUGAUGAAGACGAAGGAACGGUGUUCGCACCGGAUACCUUCAACGAGUCGCCCUCUUUCGAGGAUUGGUUGGGCAGGAUAUACUUCGCGGGGCCUGACAGAGCCAAUGCUUCGGGCAUCGCCAGCUUCAACGACACUAUGGACGCCCUUCGAAGCGUAAUCGCAGCUUACCCUGACGAUCCCAGCCUCGGAUCACCAUUCUCGGCUGCGGACCCCACGGAUCGGUUCUACGGACCGACCAAUCAGUACAAGAGGGCAGCGGCAGUGUAUGGCGACAUUCGUUGGCACUCGAAUAGAAGGCUCUUCCUACAGCGAGCAGCGGCCGCUAAUGUGCCCAUCCAUGCCUACCUAUUCUCUAAUCGAAAUCCUCGUGCGCCAGUUGAGCUCGGGGUACCUCAUGGCGCGGACCUCGACAUGAUUCUUCAAACUGUCUCGAGUCCCCUGGGCGCCACCAUGGCUCGCCAAUGGCUUACCUUUGCCGCGACGCACAAUCCCAACGCACAAGGCUUGCCCGUAUGGCCCGCCUAUGGUUCCUCUUCGUCAAUCUUGCUCUUCGACCACAACGCCACGAGUGUGUCCGCCGAUGAUUACCGGAGCGAGGCCAUCAACGUGCUGAACAGCGAUAACGUCUUGACGGUCACUGGUAGGUGA